AUGUGGGUUAAGCAUGAGGCUUUCAUGGACUGUGUGGCGGACUCUUGGGAGAAAGGGAUGGAGGAGAGGGGAAUGGCUCGUUUGGUAAAAAAAUUGAAAAAAAUGAAAAGUACUUUGCGUGGGUGGAAUAAGGAGGUGUUUGGGGCUAUGGCACUUAAUAUUAGACUCUCGGAAGACAGAGUGGGGAAGUUAGAAAAUAAAAUGCAAGAGGGCUUUAAUGAGGAAGACGAGCAAGACUACUUGGUAGCUAAAAUUGAACUGAACACUUGGCUAGAACGGGAAGAAACAAGAUUGAGACAACAAGCAAAACUUUCUUGGCUGGAGAAAGAAGAAGCCAGCGCAAGUUUCUUUCGAGCUUGUAAUGCUCGGUCCAAAAUGCAGGUUAAUGAAAUGCGACUACCUGAUGGAAAAUGGUUAAAGUCUUCGGAAGAAAUCCAUGAUGAAGCAGUUCAAUAUUUUAGUCAUUUUUUGGCUCAUAAGCAGGUGGGGGUACUUCCAGAUUUAUCAAAUCUGGUGCAAACAGUUGUUAUAGAGGAAGAUAAUGAGAGGUUGUGUCAGCUCCCUUCAAUCCAAGAUGUGAGAGAUGCAGUGUUUUCCAUUCCAGUUAAUAGUAGCCCGGGGCCAGAUGGGUUUGGGUCGGGUUUUUUUCAAGCUUGUUGGCAUAUUGUAGGCAAUGAUGUGGUGGAGGCAGUACAGGAAUUCUUCUUGGGGGCUGAUCUCCCCAUGAAUUUUGCAGCAUCUUUUAUGACCCUCAUUCCUAAGGUGGAGUUGCCAACAAACUUUGGCAAGUUUAGGCCGAUCAGUCUAUGCUUGACCUUCUACAAAAUCUGUUCGAAAAUAUUGGUGAGUCGACUGGCUCCGAUGCUUCCACGAAUUAUAGCUCCAGAACAAGGAGCCUUUAUCUCAGGCCGAAGCAUCUUCGACAAUAUAAGCCUCAUACAGGAGCUCGUACACAGUAUCAAUAAACCUGUCCGGGGCGGCAAUAUCAUACUUAAGCUGGAUAUAGCAAAAGCUUAUGAUAGUGUGGAUUGGAAUUUCCUCUUGCAUGUCAUGUCUCAUUUUGGGUUUUCAGGUCAGGUAUGUGACCUGAUCAGGAAGUGCAUUUCGAACGCUCAUUUUUCCAUCGUCAUGAACGGGGUUCUAAAGGGUUUCUUUAAAAGUGGUCGAGGAUUGAGGCAAGGGGAUCCAAUCUCCCCAUAUUUGUUUAUCAUGGUUAAAGAAAUUCUUUCCAGAUUACUAAAAGCAAAAUUUGAAGAAAAGAAAAUUGGCGUGUUUGUGCAACCUAGAGGUACCCCGUUGAUAUCGCAUUUGUUAUAUGCCGAUGACAUAGUAAUUUUUGCCAAUGGGAGUAAAGCUUCAGUGAGAGCCAUUUUGGAUGUUUUGUCUACAUAUGAGCAAUGGUCGGGUCAAAAUGUUAGAAAAGUCAAGUCUUCUAUAACCUUCUCGAAAUAUAUCACCAGGCUUAGACGGCGAUCGAUCCUACGGAUUACUGGGUUUGUGGAAGGCAAAACGCCUUUCAAAUACCUGGGAGUCCCAAUCAUUUCUGGGCGUAUGAAAACAGUUUACUUAGAGGAAAUUGUUGAAAAAAUUAAAGCAAGGUUGGAAGGAUGGAAGAAUAAAUUAUUAGCUAAUGGGGCCCCAGUGCUCCUCUUAAAGCAUGUCCUAAUGAGCCUCCCUAUAUAUUUAUUGUCUACUGUCUAUGUACCUGGUUCGGUAAUGAAAAGUAUCAAUAGAUGCCUAAGUAAUUUUUUCUGGGGUGUGCAUGAAGGAAAGCCAAAAAAACAUUGGAAGUCAUGGGAUAAGUUAUGCUUACCUGCAGCAGAAGGUGGAAUGGGGUUCAGAAAGUUUACAGAUAUUCAAAAGUCCCUCUUCUUGAAAUUUGCGUGGAAGAUUAUGGUGGAGGACUCGCUGUGGUCUAAUUUUUUUAGAGCCAAGUAUGUGCGACAGAAUCACAUCUCGCUUGUGGAAAGGGGAAAAGGUACUAGAUUCUGGAGGAUGGUAGCUUCAUGUAUGCCUGAUGUUCUAAAUCUCUCAAAAUGGAAGAUUAAAAAUGGUAACAUAUCCUUUUGGUUUGAUAAGUGGCUGGAUGAGGGUCCUCUAUGUAACCUGGUUCCUAUGGGUGAUUCUCCAAGCCUACUAGUUACAGAAUGCAAAAUGGAAAAUGGGUGGGAUGCUGCCAAGUUACACGGUACAUUAGGGGCCGAGCUAACGGAAAAAGUGCUGGAAGUGUUAAGUAAAAGCAGAGCAGGGUCAGACGUGCUGGUAUGGACAGCUAGUAAUGAUGGAAAAUUCUCCACUAAAAGUGCAUGGAACUGUGUUCGGAUUAAUGCCCCCAAGGUUAGAUGGGCAGACUGGGUUUGGCAUCCUUGCAUCCCAAAGAAUAUUUUGGUUAAUAUGUGGAAAGUUUUCAAUAAUGCUUUAAGUGUGGAUGAUAAAAUAAGAUCCAUUGGUAUUCCAAUAGCCUCAAAAUGUGAUUGUUGCUUGAAUGGUGGAUAUGAAAACAGAGACCAUGUGCUAGCUAAUGGGGACAUUGCAAAGGAGGUAUGGAGACUAGCAUACGCGCAGAUGGGUUUGGGUAGAACUACAGGAAUCUCUUGGAACCAGAUAGUGGAGGAAUGGCUUACUAAAGCUUCUAAAUCAUCACAACUAGGGCACCUACUCGGGAUCAUUCCAUCCACUGUGACCUGGUCCCCCUGGCUGAGAUGCUGUAAGGCACGAGCAAAAGGAAUAAAAGACUCGGCUAUUACGGUUUGGUAUAAUAUUAAAACAUGGAUAGCAAAAGUGGGAGAAAAGCUGAAAGUGGGGAAAAUGCUAUCGAGUCGAGAUCAAAAAAUUCUAAUGGAGUUGAACAUUCCAGUUAAACUUCCGAAAAGAUUAAUUCUGAAGUUGGUGCGAUGGACAAAGCCGACACUUGGACGUCUGAAGUUAAAUGUUGAUGGAAGCUCAAAUGGAAAUCCUGGUGCUGCAGGGGCGGGUGGAGUGCUUAGAGAUUCUAAGGGUGAUUUGCUCAUGUCAUUUUCGGUUCAUCUUGGUACAGGUACAAGUAAUUUUGCAGAAGUUAUGAGCUUAAUUCAUGGUCUCCGGCUGAUUAAAAGGAUGGGAGUGGUCCACAUUGAUCUGGAAUCAGAUUCCAUGAUGGUGAUCCAAGCAACACUUCGAUCUCUCCGAAGUGGAGUCUCGAGGACUCAGAUCAUCACCCCAGUCAUCCUUGCUCACUACUCAAGCGAUUGGGGGGACCAUUACAGCACCACUAGCUCUUCCGAAGUAGAAGAACUGGGGAAUGACGGCGAUGGGGAUUCGAGAUCCGAGAUCGAUACUCGGUCGAACUUCGGAAGGGCAUCAUCGGUAGCUGCGGAGCCGGAGCCGGAGCCGGAGCCGGAGCCUCCGCGGAAGUAUCCGACGAUGACGAAGUCAGAGGACGCAGGGUCAUCUGCGGAGAGCUAUCGGACCGGGGAGAUAUCAUCGGAUAACAUGAAGAUGGUUGUGAGGCACAAGGACCUGAAGGAGAUCGUGGAGGCUAUUAGGGAGAAUUUCGAGAACGCCGCUGCGGCCGGCGACCAGGUUUCGGAGAUGCUGGAGAUUGGCAGGGCUCAGCUCGAUCGGAGCUUCAGGCAGCUGAAGAAGACAGUGUACCAUUCAAGUAAUGUGUUGAGCAACCUGAGCUCGAACUGGACCUCAAAACCGCCACUUGCGGUUAAAUACAGGAUCGACGGUUCGCUCGAUGAACCGGGCGGUCCAAAGAGUCUCUGCUCCACCUUGGAGCGGCUCUUGGCUUGGGAGAAGAAGCUCUACGAAGAAGUCAAGUGUUUGGUAAAGAAAGACAGAGAGGACGUUAACGAUCCUACCAUGGCUGAAUUUUAUGAUAAAUUAGUCACUGCAUAUAGAGAUCCAGGCCUGAUGUCAUUGCGAUAUUCAAGAUCAGGCACCGAGGGACUCAGCUCUCCCCUUCUUCAAGCUGCCAAAGUCUGA